UACUAUGUAUUGGAACAUUUAUUCAAUUGCUCAUUUGUGCUACAUGUGGGAAGCCUUUGAGAGUGUUAUAUUGUUGUGGAGGUAAUGUCAAAUCUAGAUGGUGUUGAAGAAGUAAGCAACGAUGAACAAAUUGAAAUAAUAGAUGAAGUGGACUUGGAUGAAGAUGAAAUGAUUGAUGUUGGAAUGCCUACUCAAAUGCUAGUUUUAAAUCAUGCUAAAAAAGAUAUGGAAAGGAGGCAACAUAUUGGUACUGUUGUCUUAUUGUGUCAUGCUGUCCAUGCAUUGUAUUUGAAUCAAAUCUUAUCAACAUGUAUGCAUAGUAGAGUCACCUAUUCUCCACAAAGUGAGCGUAGACGUUGUGAGUUAAUGAGUUAUCUAGUGCAUACAGAUAAGUGUCGGGACAUCAUACGAAUGGGGCCUGAAGCAUUCAUGCAGCUGUGUCUAAAACUAAGAGGUACGGGUAUAGUAAAGGAUACUAUAAAGUCUACUGUAGAAGAGAAAGUGGCAAAGUUCUUGCAUAUUGUAGGACAUAAUGUUAAAAAUCGUACCGUUUCUUUCUUCUUUUAUCGUUCGGGAGAGACUGUUAGUCGUCACUUUCACACUGUGUUGCAUGCCAUACUUGCAUUAGGGGAAGAAUUUAUAGUCCAACCAUCAGUUGCCGAUGUCCCACCACAAAUACUAAACAAUAGCAGAUUUUAUCCAUUUUUUAAGGAUUGCAUUGGAGCUAUAGAUGGCACACACAUUCGAGUGAAGGUCCCAAGGGCACAAGCCCCUCGUUUUCGUGGAAGAAAAGAGCAUCCCACUCAAAAUGUAUUAGCUGCAUGUAAUUUCAACAUGAAAUUCACUUACGUGUUAGCCGGGUGGGAAGGAACAGCAUCUGACUCUAGAAUAUUAAAAGAUGCUUUAAGUAAAGAAGACCCUUUAAUAAUUCCCUAAGGAAAGUUUUAUCUCGGGGAUGCGGGAUUUAUGCUUAAACAAGGGUUACUAACUCCAUAUAGAGGAGUUCGUUAUCACUUGAAAGAGUAUUCCUAUCGUGGGCCACAAAAUCCCCGAGAGUUAUUCAACCUUCGACACUCUUCACUUCGGAACGUCAUUGAAAGAACUUUUGGUGUGUUAAAAAAGAGAUUUCCAAUUAUAGCUAGUGGCACCGAACCGCACUAUUCAUUUGAAGUAAUGAUAGACAUAGUACUUGCUUGUUGUAUACUUCAUAACUUUUUAAUGGGAGUGGACAUUGAUGAAGCACUAAUUGCUGAAGUUGAUCAUGAACUAGUUCAAAAUGACAUAGAUAGAUCCCAAACACAACAGCGUGAUGAAGACUACCGACUGGGAUCGCUUCUUAGGGAAGCUAUUACAACUGAAAUGUUGAACCUGUAUGGAGCUUAAUGUAGUUUUGUCAUGAGAUAAUGUAGUUUAUUUGUUAA